GCCAAAGUCCCAAUAUGGCGCCCGUACGCCAGCCAAUUUGGGGCGACGUUACUUUAUAACUUUUGAAUUAAUGUUCCCGCGCUUCUAGUUCGCGUUUUUCGACUCCGAGUGCGUUCUUGAAAAGUUAGCGUGUCGCACCGUCCUGGUUUAGAUGCGAUGUGACUUCGGCGACGGUCCGACGAUGGAACUGAAAGGCUACUGAACCCUCGGCUCAAAAAAAAAAGUUGUCGUUCGCCGGAUGUUACUGUAUGCCAUGUCCAGAGGAGCAUUACAAGGUGGCCGGGAGCUGAGACUGCGGGUGCGGCACAAGAAGCCUAAGCGUCUGCUUCGCAGCUGGUACAACCUGCUUGGGCAGGACCAGGGCAGCGUCAAUGGGUCCGACGAGCUGGAAGAGGUGCAGAAGGAUACCAAGCACCGAGCCAACCAUCACGAGUCAAAAGAAAUGGCGUGCAAGCAGCUCCCCACAAGUGCGCCCCCUGCUGUCGGUGCGGAGCACCUCUACUCCGGCCGGACACGGCUCAAUGGCAGCAGUAAUCAUGGAGCUGCCUUGCUGGACAAGAUACUGAAUGGAAGGUGCCACUCCCAACCGGAACCGAGCGCCGGCAAAGAUGUUGUGCCCACGUUUGAGGACGAGGAGGACGACGAGAUCGAGCAGGACAGUGACCUCGUGUGUAGCGUCUGCAACGGGGGCCAGUCGGAUCCGCCCAACGAGAUAGUCAUCUGCGACACCUGCAACAAAGGCUUCCACCAGGCGUGCCACACCCCAAAGAUCGGCGACCAGGUGCUCCUGCCAAACAUCCCCUGGCACUGUCGGAACUGCGUACCGGUUGGAUCGGUGCGGUGUACUGAACUGUUGUGCCUGAUUGCGCGGGGUGAACUGACGAGGAGAUCGGCAAACGCCCCUCCGCAAGCCCAGGAAUCCGGCGCUCACCUGCGUUUCUGUCACCCAAAGCACCAGAAAAGUGCGAAGAACUACAGAAAUGGUGCUCCAGUACAAAUGUUCAAGCUAGGUUUCCCUUACAAUAUGAAGUCUUUGCAGUGGGAUUCCCAGCACAGGGUAAACACACGAAACUGCUACUGUUACUGCGGAGGCCCGGGAGUGUGGAAUAAGAAAAUGCUUCAGUGUCGCCUGUGCCAGCAGUGGUUUCAUGAAGCCUGCAUUCAGGGCCUGGAAACCCCGCUUCUGUACGGCGACAGCUUCUACUACUUCUCCUGUUCUGUGUGCAAUAACGGCCCCGAGGUGGUGAAGCGGAUGCCGCUUUGCUGGAUGGACAUAACGCACCUUACCCUGUACAAUCUGGUCAUGGAGCACCACAAAAAGUACUACGAGCUGGAUGAGGAAAUCAUGCCCUACCUCAACUCCAUCUGGCUUGCCCUGCAGCUUCCCUCUGAAAUCUUUCGCUGCUCCAUGCGGGAACGGCGGUUAAACAUCUACGAGUGCCUGUAUGGCGACAGUUCCAGGUUCAAAUCCGGGAAGGAGGUGAAGAAGCGGACGUCGCUGUGGAGUCUGCGGGACCGGUGUGAGCCGCCGGACCCGCGGAGGGCCACGGCCCUGCUCCGGGAGAACAAGAACAGCAACGUGAUGCCUGCACGGUCCGCAAAGGAUCCUGUUUCCGCUCCUUCAGGGGAGGCGCUAUUCAGGAAAGGACCUGGGAGAGGCAUGUUGGUGCUCCCUGGGCGAGAGAACGGCCAGAUCAAGCGACGGAGGCGGAAAGCACAUGACAUCCCGCAAAAGGGUGCGAACGCAGCCGGCAAAGCCAACAUUGGCCAAUCUCGUAAGCAGGUUCUCGGCAGACUCCCCAGUGGCAAGGCACAACCCGUCCCAAAUGGCAUUGCUCCGGACCCUUCCGCCAGCGAUGACGACGAAAGCAGCAGCAGCUGCAGCACCGCCGUUUCCUCGACGUUCCUCGACUCCUUCAUCCCGGUGCCGGACGACUUUGAAGGCGGGAACAACCCGUUCCGACUGUUGGAGGCGUCCCCUCCUCCGCCCGUCCUGCCCCCGAGGCCGAGGCCGGGGAGACCCCGCAAGCCAAAACCACCCCCGGACAAAGUCCCCUCGGAGGCGAAGCAGCAGCAGCCGCCGCGACUCAAGCCGAACCAGGUGGACACGUUGAAGCCCGCGCAAAGUCGCCGAAACUCGCGGAAAGUGACGUCGUGUCGGGACUCUCAUCGCAUUCCAAAGCUGCAAGACUCGCGGACGGUGACGCUCGCCCCCUCAGACUCUGACUCGGAUUCGAGCGGGAGCAGCAGCACGAGUACCACCAGUACCAGUACCAGCUCGAGCAGUAGUGGUAGCAGCAGCAUCACAACGGAGGAACGCGACGUGAUGAAAGUGACGGCACCACAGCGAUGGAAAAGUGCACUGCGGAGCGGAGAAAAGUGCGACACCUCGAAACGUUUCAGUGUCCUGGCCAAACGCGUCGGUGUGGACGGGAAGAUCCAGUAUCUCGUGGAGUGGGACGGAGCUAGUUCAAGGAGCUAAGAAAACGGGGAAAAAAAAAAGAAGGUAAACUAGGAUGUUUGCAGAACGGUUGCGUCUGCGAUAUGUGCGGAGUGACCAGCACGAGUUGCAUGUUUUCGUCGUGGAGUGUGUUUUACGUUGUACAGGCAGCUAAUUGUUAGGCCUUGGUUUGAUGCCAACGUGUUCAGCGUGAAGGAGGGUGUCGUCGUCACACGACGUCCAAGCUAUUGCUACAUUUUUUACAGAGCUUGGUGGCGAAAGAGACGUCUGUUUUCACAACAACUUAGUUUGCAACGGUGCUGUUUAUAGUUUCCGAGUCUCGCACGUCGUCACCAGGCCUGGAUCGACAUUCUCGGGACAGUGUUGCUCGAGACGGUUUGUUUGUGUGGUGACAACUGGUGGAUAGAUUGUUUCGUCUCUGUGUGAAUACGUCUAAUGGUGCGACGAGGUUUAGGGAUGUCUGUGGCAGGAUUGCACUUGCGUGAGCGACAAAGUAUCCGAUUAGUCUUCGGUUGGUCAGUCGAAAGACGAGCUUUUUAAUUCUCAAACUGCCGAACGUGCUAUGAAAAUAGAAACAAAAAUGUGGGAGCAACAAUGAAGUCCAUUCUUGUGUGCAGGUGUUUAGAAUGCAAUGUCUGGUAGAUUUAAAAUUGUCUAUUUUUUUUAUUGCUAUCAUAAUUUUUAACCUGUAAGUUCCUAGAAAUUGUGCUGCUUUUGUAACCUAGUAGUUUAAUAACAAAUCGAACUUGCCUCAACCCAGUGUUAUAGAUCUAGGAUCUUGCAGAGAAAAAAUAAGAUCAAAACUAUCUGCAGCCAUUACAUUAGUCUGUCCCAUGGGUGGGCUUCGCUUCAACUGCCAUUGUUUGCGUUAUUUAAUGGACUCUAGGUGUUCUCAGUGCAGUAAAAAGACCUGAAGUCUGUUCCUUUACUCUUGCUAAACACUGCCUUUUUAUAUAACUUUUUUCUAGUCUAAAUUUGUUGUACGUGUGUGUGAUUUGCAUCUGAAACAUGAUUUCUGAAGUUGAUUUUGCAGGUUGGCAAGCAUGAUAUCUGAAGCAGAUAUAAUUUUUUUUUUGUGAUUUUGUCACAUGCAUAUAAAUAUGUGCACCUAAUACUUACACAUAGCAUACCAAGAAAGUUUUUUUGGUGCCCUUGGAGUUGUAAACACUUGCUGCGAUGGUAUCGAUUCUCGUUUCAUACAUGUAAUGCAAGGAGCUUGCUCGGUGUACAGUUGAGGGAUUUUGCAACAGUGUCUGGGUUCUGUUUGGCUCUCUUCAAUGUGGCUGUUGUCUUGUUAGGUCCUUUUGCAAAGCAUUUUUUUUUUUUCAUAUAAAUUUUUUUGGUUACAUAUUGUUGUUUUCAUAUAACAUUGGAACCUUAGUGUUCCUGGUAGUGGGUCUUUGGAGGACAUUAAGCACAGUGAAUGAGAACCAAAGAAUGAUAGAUUGCAUGUGAUGUGGAUGAAUGUUUGCAUCAAAGUGCCGUUGAAGUGAAAUAAAAUAUAUUUAUAUUGAUGCAA